GCAAACCAAUAACAUGAUCAACCUCCUAUGCUUAUAUGAAUAGCAGCCUCUUUUGAAUAAUCAAAUGCUAAAUGAUAAACAGAAAAGUCUGCUAUAAUACAUCAUUUCAAUCAUUCACAGAUUUAUCAACCUUCCCUUAUAGAAAUGUGUAUUUCACCAAGCCUCUCUUGCCUAGAUCGUUACGCCUUUCGUGGGGGUCAGAACCUUUGAUUUCUCAUCUUCUUUUGGUUUUUCUCAUGGAUGAUCAUCUUCACAUGAUUUCCUCAUUCCUUACACCAAUAUUCACCCUCUCCUUCUUCUUCUUAUUCGUGAUCACCUUGCCUACAUUAUCAAUUUGCCAAGAACAUAACAAAUAUGAAGUGUGUACCACGCCAUACACAUGUGGAGAAUUAACCAACAUCUAUUACCCUUUUUGGGGAGAUACCAGACCAAGUUACUGUGGUAGAAACAAGCAAUUUGAGAUCAAGUGUGAAGGGAAUCAAAACACCUCAAUUCAAAUAGGUUCACAAAGUUUCAAAGUUCUGCAAAUCGAUCAACUCGGUUACACUAUGAGAAUGGCUCGAAAAGGCCUUGUCUAUGAUCAUUGCUCUUCUGGUUUGAGCAACACUUCUUUGAACUCAGAAUUCUUCCAUUACAUGCCAAAUGUAACGAGCAUCACCAUCUUCUAUGACUGCCCUGAAACUGCGCUUCGAAACGGCAGAAACUCGUUCCCCUGCAAGGAAGGAAUGAACAAGAGUGCUGUCUAUGUGGAUCAUGCAACUGCAGAACAAGUUCAGAACUGUAGAGGAGUUAGUAUUGAAGUGAAGUUGUCACAUGAAGUGGACGAUAACGUUGGAGGAAUUGAAGGGCUGAACAAAGCUUUGGAUGCUGGAUUUGAUGUGAAUUAUGAUUCAGGCUAUCAAGUAUGCUUGAGAUGUCUUUUGAGUAAUGGAACCUGCGGAUCCAAUGAUAAGUCUCAGUUUUCAUGCUAUUGCAAGGAUGGAUCUGAAGCUUCAGAUUGUUCUCAUCAUCACAGCAGUCAAUGGAAUUGGAAAAGGAAGGUUGGUGUAGGUGUCACUGCUGCUGUGGUCAGUGGAGUUGCUGUAGGCCUUGCCAUAUACAUCUACUAUAGGCAAAAGAAGAAGAAGAAGAAGAUUCUUCUUGCAGUAUCAUCUGUACUAUCUAAGAGCUUCUCUUCUGGUACUUCUUUAGAAGACAUUGAGAGAGGACAUAAAUACCCUGGACUACACUACUUCACCUAUAAUGAACUCGAAGAGGCCACAAACAACUUUGACUCAGCCAGAAAACUAGGAGAUGGAGGCUUUGGGACUGUGUAUUUUGGAAAACUUCAAGAUGAGCGUUUGAUUGCGGUGAAAAGGAUGGCUGAGAACAGUUGGAGGAGAGUUGAGCAAUUCAUGAAUGAAGUUGAGAACUUAACUGGACUACACCACCAAAAUCUUGUGUCAUUAUAUGGAUGUACUUCUCGCCACAGUCGCGAACUUCUGCUUGUCUAUGAGUAUGUUCCUAAUGGAACUGUUGCUGAUCACAUUCAUGGUCCACAAGCAAAACCUGGCCAACUUUCCUGGCAUAUCAGAAUGAACAUCGCCAUAGAGACCGCAAGUGCAUUGGUAUAUCUUCACGCUACUGACAUCAUUCACAGAGAUGUGAAAACUAGGAACAUUCUCCUUGACAAUCACUAUAGUGUCAAAGUAGCCGAUUUUGGACUUUCGCGUCUUUUACCGGACCAUCUCACUCACAUUUCAACAGCUCCACAAGGGACUCCAGGUUAUGUGGAUCCAGAAUACAAUGAGUGCUACCAGCUUACUGACAAGAGUGAUGUUUAUAGCUUUGGAGUUGUGCUGAUUGAGCUAAUAUCAUCCAUGCCUGCUGUUGAUAUCUCUAGGGAAAGACGUGAAAUCAAAUUGUCUACCAUGGCCAUUAAGAAGAUUAGGAAUGGGACAUUACAUGAACUCGUGGACUCGAACCUUGGGUUUGAAUCGGAUUUCAAGGUAAGGAAAAUGAUCAAUGCCGUGGCGGAGUUAGCAUUUCAGUGUUUGCAGAGUUCUAAAGAUGUGAGGCCUAGUAUGGCUGAAGUGCUAGAAAGGCUAAGGGAUAUACAGAGUGAUGGGAAAUAUGAAAGCAAACCUGAGGUGAUGGAUAUCCCUGAAGAUGAUGCUGCUUUGCUCAAGUAUGAGCCACCACAAUCACCAGAUUCAAAUUUGAGGAACAUAUCUACUCCACCAAAUCGAAGCGAAUAAUAAUCCUCCUUUCUUAAUUCAACAAGUUGGUCUUGACUCAUAUGUGGGUUAGGACUGAUUACUGAAUGGGGUUGGCUGGAAUGUUUUGACAGUUGUAGUCAAGAGCAUGAGUUCUAUCACAUACUAACAUUGAUUAGAUUAAGGAGUACAUAGAUACAACGAUAAAGCAGCUUUGGUUAUGAAAGUUUGUCUUGUUGAUAAUUUUUUAUUGCUAAUUUUUUUAUACCAAGUUCAAGUCCUUAAUAAUAUUAGUAACACAUUUGUGGCUAA